CUGUCCUUAGGACCACUUUCAGAAGAGCAAGGUACCCAGAGCCCGCAGAUCCCAAGGAUGAAUGUCACAGAGGUCACAGACACCACCCAGGAUGAGACGGUGUACAAUAACUACUACUUCUUUGAAAGCAUGCCGAAGCCUUGCACCAAGGAAGGGAUCAAGGCAUUUGGGGAGGUCUUCCUGCCUCCUCUCUACUCCUUGGUCUUUUUGUUGGGUCUGUUUGGAAAUUCUGUUGUGGUUCUGGUGCUGUUCAAGUACAAGAGGCUCAAGUCCAUGACUGACGUGUACCUGCUGAACCUAGCCAUCUCGGACCUACUGUUUGUACUGUCCCUCCCGUUCUGGGGCUACUACGCUGCCGACCAGUGGGUUUUUGGACUAGGUCUGUGCAAGAUUGUUUCCUGGAUGUACCUGGUGGGCUUUUACAGUGGCAUCUUCUUCAUCAUGCUCAUGAGCAUAGACAGAUAUCUGGCCAUUGUGCACGCAGUGUUUUCCUUGAAAGCAAGGACCCUGACCUACGGCGUCAUCACCAGCCUGAUCACGUGGUCGGUGGCUGUGUUUGCCUCACUUCCAGGCCUCUUGUUCAGCACGUGCGACACAGAGGACAACCAUACGUACUGCAAAACCCAGUACUCGGUCAACUCGACGAUGUGGAAAGUCCUCAGCUCCCUGGAGAUCAAUGUCCUGGGGCUGGUCAUCCCCCUGGGGAUCAUGCUGUUUUGCUAUUCCAUGAUCAUUAGGACCCUGCAACACUGUAAGAACGAGAAGAAGAGCAGAGCGGUUCGGAUGAUCUUCGCUGUGGUAGUCCUCUUCCUCGGCUUCUGGACGCCGUACAACGUGGUGCUUUUCCUGGAGACCCUGGUGGAGCUCGAGGUCCUUCAGGAUUGCACUUUGGAGAGGUACCUAGACUACGCCAUCCAGGCUACGGAAACCCUGGCCUUCAUUCACUGCUGCCUGAACCCUGUCAUUUAUUUCUUUCUUGGGGAGAAAUUCCGCAAGUACAUCACCCAGCUCUUUAGAACGUGCCGGGGUCCUCUUGUGCUCUGCAAACACUGUGACUUCCUUCAGGUCUACUCAGCUGACACUUCCAGCUCCUCUUACACGCAGUCCACUGUGGAUCAUGACUUCCGAGACGCUUUGUAACAUGAGAUUGGGGGUAACGUGGCAUUAACGAGCUCCACACACCCAGCUCUCGCUCGCCUUAUUUCAGUGGGGGUACCCUGAACAGGUCUCUGCGGAAGAAAACAAGUAAAACCAAGAUCAUGGCAAGAUGGCUUUCUUACCCUGCAGGUGGCUCCCAAGGAUGCUCCCAAGAGGCUCAGAGCCCUGAUGGGUGGAGGAAAUCAUCCCUUCAUGAAUUGCAUGGAUCUCUAAUAUUGUUGAACUACCUAGAAUUCUUGGACAUGCCGUAUUCGUGAAGCCAGAUGUCUGGAGAAGUGAGCAUCUUACAUCUUGAUUCUCUUAUGCUAGAGGAUGCUUCACGGAAGCCUGUUCUGAGUGUAGAGAUGAAGGGAUGACCCCUUCUCCACUUGAAACAAGGCAUGUAGAACACAUCUGUUGAAAUGCCCGUGCAGUUUGGCUUGCUGAUAUAUGCUUUAAUUGUGACAGGUGGUUAUUCAUAUUGUAGAAGAAGCUCAUUGGAGCAGAGAAAGGGUGAAAUGCCUUUGUAAUCCUAGCUACUCCGGGGAUAAGGCCAAGAGAUCUUAGAUUCAAGGAUUGCCUGGACAAUACACUGAAAGCCUGUUCCCAAGCCAGACCAAACCAAACCCAAACCCAAACCAAACUCAAACCCACCCAAAACCAAAAUGAAAGCCAAGCCAAGCAGCACUCCAAAAGUUAGCUCUGAAAUGCUCUUGCGAGCACCCUAAGUUGUUCGUCUUUCUUUUCACUCUCUCUUUCUCCUUCUCCUCCUCUUCCUCCUCCC